AUGGCUUAUAUACCUGAUAAUCCUGACACAGUCGCUAUAGUGGAAGCAUGCUGCCAGUUUCGAACAGACUAUCCUGAUCGUUUAAAUGGUAUUAUUAGUGAAGAUGAAUAUCAAGAAUCUAUCUCUAAUAUAAAUCGUGUAGCCAAGCCACCGACAGCUGUGGAGGGUAUUAUUGAUGAUUCCAAGAAAACAAACUUGCUUAUCACUUCAUUAGAUGUUCAACCAUUUAAAACAUUGAUUUCGAUCUGCAAACCAAACAAACCUACGGAAUGUACUUAUUUGGACUUAAUCACCAAACUUGGUACAAAUUAUGCAAAAGUUACUUUUCCUUCAAAGAAACGCGUUAAAUUCUUUGCUUUACGUCAAGAAUCUGCACAAACAUUAACUGAUUAUGCAAAUGUUCUUCGAAAUAAAGCAACAACAUGUUAA